UAACCGUUGAUGUCACUAGGAAUUGCUUUGAGACGGUAACGAGCAUCCAGUUUGUAGCCAAAAAAAUAUAAUUGCAGUUGUUGUCUGUGGAGCGGGGAAGGAUUGUGCUGUGUGUGGUGUUACUGCAGGAAGUCGUUCUCCUGUGGGAGUUGCAGAUUAAUAAACAUUUGCAACACCCGCCGUGGCGUUAUACAUACUCGUAUCUCAUUUGUUGUAGGAGCCUCCCGACUGGCCCCGGGAGGAGGAGGGCGAGAAAGGAAGACACUAUCCCAUCGGUAGCGGGCAGACAGUGCACCAUGAACCGGAGCUUCCAUAAGUCUCAGACUCUUCGCUACUGGGACUGCUCCGCCGUGGAAGUGAAGAGCAAGUUUGGUGCAGAAUUCAGAAGAUUUUCCUUGGACCGGUUCAGACCUGGAAAAUUUGAGGAUUUCUAUAAGCUUAUCCUUCAUGUUCAUCAAAUAAACAUGGAAGUGUUAAUUGGCUAUGCUGAUCUCCAUGGGGACCUUUUGCCUAUCAAUAAUGAUGACAACUUUGGCAAGGCUGUAUCAACCGCAAAUCCACUUCUCAGGGUCUUUAUCCAAAGACAAGCUGUCAGAUAUGGAGCUGUAACUUCUGUGACACUGGUACAUCAGCGUAAUUGGACUUCAGACAUUUUACUUUACCAUGCUGUGGUUGCAUCAGAGGAUCAUAAAGAGGAAGUCGACUACAGCAGUUUUGGAACCAACACACUAACAAGAAAGAAGAAACCUCUGGUAACACUUCGCAAUGACACCAACCGUAGACGACCUCACAUUAGCAUUGGACUACCACACGACUUUAGGCCAGUGUCUUCCAUAAUUGAUGUGGACAUUCUUCCAGAGACCCACAGACGAGUUCGCCUCUACAGACAUGGAUGUGAUAAACCACUAGGGUUUUAUAUCCGUGAUGGCACUAGUGUGAGGGUGACCCCUCAUGGACUAGAAAAGGUUCCUGGUAUCUUUAUCUCUCGUAUGGUACCAGGAGGCCUAGCAGAGAGCACUGGACUGUUAGCUGUAAAUGAUGAAGUUCUGGAAGUAAAUGGCAUUGAAGUAGCUGGAAAAACCCUUGACCAGGUAACGGACAUGAUGAUUGCUAACAGCCUCAAUCUCAUCAUCACUGUGAAGCCAGCUAAUCAAAGAAACAACGUUAUCCGAAGUAGUCGCAUGUCUGGUAGUUCAGGACAGUCUUCAGAUAGCACCGCUAGCCAUCAUAGCUUACCCUCUUCUAGUGUUUUGCAGAACUUUCAUCUAGAUGAAAUGGAGAGUGAUGAAGAUGCUGAUAUUGUUAUUGAAGGCAAUCUGGAGCCCAAACACAUUACAAAACCACAUGUGCCAUCCUUGCGCAAUCCAUCUCCUCCAAACAUGUCCCGGAUUAAUGGUAGUAAUCUCACUUACAGGCUGCAAAAAGAACUGUCACUGAACAGUUCAGGUCGAGAGAGCAAUGGCAAUAUUCACAAAAUACUUAGCUCCUUGAGAACUGAUCCUAGAAGUAGCUUGGUCAUCCCCAGAGGUGGAAUUGAGGAAGAUGGAACAGUGAUUACACUUUAGUUGCAGAAUACACCUAUGUGCUGUGAGGAAAUCUUAAGUGCCAUUAGAUUUUUUCCAUUAUCGGACCACCGCAACAGCAGCAGCUUUUGGAGCUUCUCUCAACUUGAAACUAUAACAGAACAACUGUAGAAAGCUAGACACUUAGGGGCACUCUUUUUUUUUUUUGGAAAUGAUAUAGCUGUGCUGUGUGUUGCUGCUCAAAGUAGCCCUUCUGAAACCUAGGUAAAUCAUAAAAGGAAUUUGUUUGUAGAAGUAUAAAUAUUAGACUGGCUAAUCUAGUAAAAUCAGUCAUUCCAGUACCCAACCUUUGACAGUGGACACCAUGUUUUGUUUUAGUGACAUGCUAGAGCGAAAUGCAUAAGAUCUUACACUACUUGCUCAAAAUGUCUUUAGAUGCAUUUGUUUAUUCUGCAGAGGACGGGGAGCACUGUAGCUUAAUCUGGACGGGAGACUGCCUUUUUUAUUAUUAAUUUUAAUUGACCAAAACCGAUUGCUUAUAUGCUGUGAGUACCUGUUACAGAAAUGUUUGUAUGUAUUUGCUGUAAAGCAGCACCACUUGCGGGUCAGUGUCGGUACUGAUAUCUGUAUGUAUAUAUACAUAUGUAUUCAGCAGUACAGAGUACUGUUUUGUGAAAAAGUAAUAAGACGUGAGUGAAUCAGACUUCCCACUUCUACCUGCAGUACAGAUCCUGCUAUUCAGUUUACUUUUAGGCCUUGUUGCUGCUUUGUAAAGUAUUAACUUGAGAAUUGUUAGUGGGUAGAUGGUUGCAUAGAGAGAGAAAAAUGACUACGCAGAACAAUAUUAGAUUGCCUUGACUUCGGCAUUUCAUGAUUAUUUUAAAAUGUAUGCAGUGCAUAAGUGUCUUCACAAGACUGGGGAAAUUUGUGAUAUGAGGGGUCAAAUCAGUGUACUAUUUAUUAGAAAAUUUAAAUUUUGGUUUGUUUCAAUCAUAACAUGAAACUGUUAUAUUUUAAUAUUUUAAGAAGUUAACUGGAGAAUGGAUACAAGAACAUCACAAAAUCAGGUAAGCUGUCAAGUCAUUGAGGCCCGUGUGAUUUAUUGCUCAGAUGAAUUCUCAGAAUAGGUGUUUCAAUUGACCACUGAAACUUCCCUGCAAUAGCUUUUGAAUUUUUAGAACAAAAUGUCAGGCUUUUUUUUUGUUGUUUUGCAGUUUUAGUCUUUUGAAACUGAGCUGUGGUUUUCAUUUAUUUUAUUUUUAACUGUUUGUAGAGCAGUAUGUUAAAUUGUUUUUAUGUUUGUAUAUGUGUUUGGGGGGAGAAAAGAAACAGUAUUUUAAUAUUGCAUUGGUAAAAAUGAAACUAAGUUUAAUACAGUGCAUUCUGGUUUUGUAUGUUUUUAAAAUAUUUUCUUACAACUUUCUUGCACAUUUUUAUUUUGAUCAGCAAUUUAGUAAUAAAAU